AGUAGUAGUACGUACGAAACAGGCGAUGAUCUUUGGUCUUGUGAAACCCCGUCAUGCUUUAAUCCCCGUAGUGUGUCGUUUAAUUUCUGCAUCGUGUCGUUUAAUCCUAUUCCGAGUCACGUAACCGUACGAAGUUGGGCGAGAGGCACAAAACCCCGUUUCGCCGAGCAAUUGCGUUCGUUCCAAUCCAAUUCCGACGCUCCCUGAGUAUUCUUUCGUUUUCUAUCGGAAACGAAAAAGAAGCGAAAAGAGAAACAAAGACAAUAUUGCACUUCUUUUUCUUCGUCAUCUUCUUGUUUCGCAAUCUUGAUUUGGUUAAACUAUGACAGAAGAUAGCAGCGUUAGGGUUUCUUCUUCCAACGAAACCUCCGUGUCCAACGAUGCUUCGCAAACGCGGCGGAGAAAGAAAAGAAAGUGGGAUCAACCAGCGGAUUCGUUGAUGCCAGUUGGCAUGGCAGUACCUGGAGCACUCCCUUUGAGCAAUGCUGUUUCACUUGGAGGGAUUCCAUAUCCUGGUAUGGUUCCGGUGAUCUCCGGUGCCCUUUUGACGAAUCCUCUGGCAGCUUCUGCUCAUUUUCAGCAACAAACUGCUGCAGCUGCUGUUGCCGCCCAAAAAACGAAUCAACAAAAGAUCCAAGAUGAAUUAAUAAUUGCUCGGGAAAUUGUCAUAAAUGAUGCAGAGUCUUCUGUUCGCUACAAGUUGACAAAACGCCAGACACAGGAGGAGAUCCAGAGGUGUACUGGUGCCAUAGUAAUUACUAGGGGAAAGUAUCGACCUCCUACUGUACCACUUGAUGGAGAGAAACCACUGUAUCUUCACAUAUCUGCAGGAGCUCAUAUAAAAGAGACAGCAGAAAGGAUUUUAGCUGUUGAUCGUGCUGCUGCAAUGAUUGAAGAAAUGCUCAAGCUUGGGCAAAAUUCACAGUCAAUUUCUUCUGCCUCACCUAGUGGACCGAAGGUGCUGACUACGUGUGUGUUUUUGGGUUUUGAUGCUGAUCCUUCAUUGAACAUUGUGGCUCGGAUACGUGGACCAAAUGACCAGUAUAUAAAUCACAUUAUGAAUGAAACAGGAGCAACAGUUAUACUGAGAGGACAUGGUUCAGGAAACAAUGAAUGCUUGAAUGCAGAAGAUGGACAGCAGCCUCUGCAUCUGUUGUUGUCCAGCAGCAAUGCAAAAAGCCUUGAUGAUGCUAAGCUUUUGGCUGAAAAUCUUUUGGAUACAAUCUGUACUGAGUGUGGUGCUUCAAGGGUUUCAUCAUGUAAGGUUUAUAGUGCUGUUCCACCUCCACAGCAGGUAUACACUGCUGUUCCACCUCCCCAGCAGGUAUAUAGUGCUGUUCCACCACCUCAGCAGGUUUAUGAUGGCCUUUCCUUGUCAAAGCAGAUUCCUACAGUCAUUUCACCCCCACAAGUUUACAGCGCUGUACCACCCCCACCGAAGUUGACAGGAGUUCAGAGCCCUGCAGUUGAGCAAGAGGCAGUUACCAGCGUAACCAGUAGUUCUAUGUCAGCAGUAGUGGCCUUGAAACCAUUUCCUCCAGCUUCCUCGGUUGGAGUGAUUGGUGACACCGCUGCCCUCACUUUGGGAAUUACACCACAACUUACUGGACAUUUAAGCUCUGGCCAUCAAGCAAACGUCAUUGGUUACACUCCCCCCCCUUUAGUAUCUGGUGGCACUAGCUAUAUUGGAUAUGGUGGAAUAUAUCCUCAAGCUACCCCUUUGCAACAAGUUGCCCUUGCUUUGAGGCACUCACCUCCUGUCUCUUCAACAGUUGAUCCCACAACAUUAGCAUCAAACGGAGAGUCCAAGCCAACCUCAUGCUUUGAUCUUGAAAGGGAGAAGCGGCCACCCCAAAAACGAAAGUUUCAAGAAUUACCAGUUGGUUCGAAAGGCACAGCAAAACUCAAUCAGGGUUUGCAACCUAUAAAACCUAAUGAACAACUUGAUGGUCUUGUUGUGAGGAAUAUAUCAACUAUGCCUGCCCCUAAGAAGUUGGUCCAGCCAUCAUCCAACGGAAUGCCAGCACCUCUACCGAAAACUAUGCCACCACCGCCUCCACCUAAAUUUUCUGGUCCAUCUGAAGUUAAAGUACAAGACAACAAGAAUUUGCUUAAUACAAAUUCUGAUGCAGUUCCUGAUACUUUGGUGAAGCUAAUGGAAUACGGAGAGGAGGAUGACGAUGAUGUAGAUGAUUCUAAAGAGGAAUCAUUUCCUCAUGGCAGCCAAGCAAAUGGGGUUCAAAAGCCUUUCUGGGCUUUAUGAGCUACAAAGUGUAAAUUGGACAUAAGAUGUGUAAAUAUUGUCUUGCUUGUGUCCUCUUCUUCCGGGUGGAAAGGAAGCCCCUCAGCAUGAUUUUUGGAGCGACAUAGUUGGCUGUUGAGAGGAAUUUAAAAGGUUGUAAUUUCUCAUUCCCAUGCUUCGUUAGAGAAAUCGUAUGUUGUAAUAUUUUGUCGUAUGCAUGUAACACUGCUAGUGUCUUUACUGUGCAGUGAUAAGUCACAGUUUUCACUCACCCCAAAUUUUCUUGUUAGAACCCUUCAAUUUUUCGUCCUGACUGAUAAUGAAACUGUGGUUACCAUUUUCAUACAAA